AGGCUCCGACGCCCGUGCCCCGCUCUUGGUCUUGGUCUUCUUCCGCGCGCGCUCCUCCCCCUCCCCUCCCCUCCCCGUCGACCAACCUCCGCCGGUCCAUCUCCGCCGCGAACCCAAGAACUGAACCAUGGCGAAGAUCAAGCCAAAGGCAUUGCUGGCACAGAGCAAACAGAAGAAGGGCCCUACUCAGAUCGGCCUGUUGAGGAUCAUCACCUACAUCGUCCUCGGCGCCCUAGCAGUGUCCUCCGUUUACUAUGCCUAUCAGUACUGGCAGAGCAAAGGACCGGCCGUUGCGGCAGCAGCAGCAGAAGGCGCCGUGGGAAACUAAAGCCCCAGGAAUGUAGUUGAUUUUGCUGCUGUUGUUGUAUUGUCUUGUCGUUUUUUUCUGGUGUUCGCAGUCCGGUAAAUUUGUGAAACAUUGACAGAGCAUGCGACGCUUAGUCCCCCUGUAAAUUGCCUUAACAUUUAUGCUUAUGUUUGUUUCUUUGA